CCUUACAACUGUUACAGUGUAUGGUGGGAGGAGGGGGAUCCGGAGGACAUUAGGUUCACCCCCCAUCACCCCAUCUCUCAUCUCUCAAUGAGUGCUGAGUCACUGCCUCGCUAAGAGCCAGUUGUGACAUACACAACUUGGAUUAGCGAGUUUGGUCUCCAUGACGCUCCCAGCCUCCUAAAAUAGAAAUAUUCAAGACACAGAAAUAACCAGCUGCUGCCUCAUACAGAGACCAGGGUUGAUAAACAACUGAGCGAAUCCUGAGAAAGACACACAGAAAGAGAUAAAGCAACUGUAUCACACCGAAGAGGCUGUCAAAACAGAGACAAAGAGAGUCAUAACAGGGAGCCUCUCCUGCAUCACAGUAGUGAUCAACAGUCAUACAAAGAGAUUCACAAGAGAGACAGAGAGUCACCACUGGGUGAUAGAGACUCACCACUCAGAGCCAGAGAGCCAGGCAUGGCCCGGAUCACUGCAGAAGUAGAGAUGCCGCGUCAGUUCCCUAAGAUCUCGCUGAGCGAGGUGGAUGAGUCGGUGCGUCUUCUGGCAGAGAAGGUGUACGCCUCGGCGUUGAAGGAGGAGGACACCAAGGAUGCCCUGUCCAUGUACACUGUGCCUGAGGACUGCCCCAUCGGCCUGCACCAGGACCGGGAGAUGGAGAUGCUCAAGGAGAUCGCCGAGCAGUACUCUGAGGAAAGCGUCAAGAGGAAGAAGAGUUUUAAGGUUAAGCGUUACCAGUCGGUAUCUCAGCAGGUCCCCAUUUCCUUCAACAUCAAUCCAGAGUGGGCUAUGUCUGUAGUCACCCCUCUGCUUUCCCCUGGCGCCCCUGUCUGCCCUAGUAUCCCAGAGAACUCCCCAGAGUUCCAGAGGGUCACCAUCAGCGGAGAUUAUUGUGCAGGGAUCACAGUGGAGGACUAUGAGCAGGCAGCCAAGACCCUGAUGAAGGCCCUGUUCAUCAGAGAGAAGUACUCCAGGCUGGCCUACCACCGCUUCCACAGGACCACCGCCCAGUUUCUCCGCAGCGCUGAGAACCAGAAGUGGAACGUGGAGGACGAGAUCUUGCCAGACAUGUGCCCCUGCCCUCGAGAGGGGGAGGACCCGUACACUACGGAGGGCAUACCUGACGACCUGAACUACUCGCUGCAGAUGAAGGACGGCAUCGUGUACGUGUACGACGAUGCAGAGGCCCUGAAGCAGCAGCAGCCCCACAGCCUGCCCUACCCCGACUUGGAGACCUUCGCGAUAGACCUCAGCCAUGUCCUCGCCAUGAUCGCAGACGGGCCCACGAAAACCUACUGCCACAGACGACUGAACUUUGUGGCCUCCAAGUUUUAUCUGCAUGAGAUGUUGAAUGAGAUGGCUGAGUUGAAGGAGCUGAAAGGUGUACCUCACAGAGACUUCUAUAACGUCAGGAAGGUAGACACUCACAUCCACGCAGCCGCUUGCAUGAACCAGAAGCACCUGCUGAAGUUCAUCCAGACCACCUACAAGACCGAGGCAGACCGCGUGGUGCUGGAGAAGGGGGGCCAGAUGAUCACCUUGAAACAGGUGUUUGACACCCUGGCCAUGGACCCCUAUGACCUCACUGUGGACUCCCUGGACGUACACGCUGGAAGGCAAACAUUCCACCGCUUUGAUAAGUUCAACUCCAAGUACAACCCUGUGGGAGCAAGCGAACUCAGAGAGAUUUUCCUGAAAACAGACAACUACAUCAAAGGGGAAUACUUUGCACGGAUCAUCAAGGAAGUGGCUCAUGAGCUGGAGGAGAGUAAGUACCAGCACGCAGAGCCCCGUAUGUCCAUCUACGGCCGCUCCCCUGAUGAGUGGGAGAGCCUGGCCUCAUGGUUCAUCCAGCACAAGGUUCACUCCCCCAACAUGCGAUGGAUCAUCCAGGUGCCCAGGAUCUAUGACAUUUUCAAGUCGAAGAAGAUAAUACAGAACUUCGCCAAACUGUUGGAGAAUAUUUUCCUCCCACUGUUCGAGGCUACAGUCAAUCCACAAAAGAACAAGGAGAUACACAUUUUCUUGAAAUACGUGACCGGGUUCGACAGCGUGGAUGAUGAGUCCAAACACAGUGACCACAUGUUCUCCUACAAGAGCCCCAAACCUGAGGAGUGGACCUCAGGUGACAACCCCCCCUACAGUUAUUACCUCUUCCACAUGUACGCCAACAUCAUGGUGCUCAACAACCUGAGGAAGGAACGAGGCCUCAACACCUUCCAGUUCCGGCCCCACUGUGGCGAGGCCGGCUCCAUCACCCACCUGGUCUCUGCCUUCCUCACGGCCGACAACAUCUCCCACGGCCUCAACCUGAAGAAGAGUCCUGUGCUGCAGUACCUGUAUUACCUGGCCCAGGUCCCCAUCGCCAUGUCUCCUCUAAGCAACAACAGCCUGUUCCUGGAGUACUCCAAGAAUCCUCUCAAGGAGUUCCUCCAGAAGGGCCUGUGUGUGUCCCUGUCCACCGACGACCCCAUGCAGUUCCACUACACAAAGGAGGCCUUGAUGGAGGAAUAUGCCAUUGCUGCCCAGCUGUGGAAGCUAAGCACCUGUGACACAUGUGAGAUCGCCAGGAACAGUGUACUGCAGAGUGGUCUGUCUCACCAGGAAAAGAAGCACUUCCUGGGGGCCAACUACCUGCAGGACGGGCCUGAGGGGAAUGACAUUAGACGGACCAAUGUGGCUCAGAUCCGCAUGGCCUACCGCCACGAGACCCUAUGCAAUGAGCUCAGCUUCCUGGUGGAGGCUGUGAAGACAGAGGCUAGCGGCACACAGGUCGAGUGACCAAAGCACAGAGAGACCCUUUUCACACUACCGAGCUGAGCCAAGCUGAGCUGUACUGCGCUCGCGUGGGCUAGUGACCUCUGGUCUCUCUUUAUUUCAGCUCUAGACCACAGCCAAAUUCUGUACUGUUACUGGGCUACGGUAAUACUGAGAGAAUAAUGCACCAUGCUAAAGUAAUGAGACUGUACUGUGUAAGCCACACCAAAUCAAGCCAAAGCUAACAGCACCGCACUAGGCAAAUCAACAGUACCCAUGGCCUCUUUUGAUUCGUGUUUUCUUUUGUUUGCAUGCAUUUUUCAUAUGGUCUUUGAUAAAGCAGAACUUUAUCCCUACCUCGAAAAACCAGUUUGUAGUUGAACAUGCGAUCCAACAGAGGGACACUGCCAUAGUUCUCCCUUUUCUCAUGUCCUGUUCAAGAAAUACUACCAACUGUGCCAAUACAGGAGCUCUCACGCCAGAUUGAAAGCCAAUCCGAGAGCACACCAGUCAUUGUGUUAUUCUGGCCUUUCUAUUUGAAAUACAGUACAUAAUGGUAGGAGAGAUAUUAUUGUGCUAUGUCAGGUCAAGGGACUCACAUGUAAACGAUAGCCAUACAUUUUGAUGCAUUGUUUUUGAGGUCAAUAUCUCUGUUGUAACGGUGUCUUGAGAGAGCGUGGUGUUUUUAAGUUUGUUAAGAGAGGUUUACUACAGAGCCCCUUCUACUACUUUGAGUGCUCCUCUGAUGUGGUCAUCAUAUCACUGCUGUAGAGAUGGUCCACAAAUAGCACGUCAAAGGUAAACUGUUAUCAUGUGCUGAAUAUGACAAAAUUGGGAAACUGUCACUCAACUGUACAUGUUCAUGAUGCGAUAGGGAAAUUGAUGUUUUUAUAUGACAAUAAAGAGUUACUUACAAUA